GGAAAACUGACAGAUUUUCCCGCGUACGAUCUUGCCUAUAUGAACAAUUUACACAACUAUAUAACAAAAGAUUAGUUUAAUGCAGUAUCAGAAUGAGUUUAAUACGCUCCAUUGUAGAACGUGAAAAAGGAUAUGCAUCUAUACGAGAUUAUGAUAUUGCCCUAUACCGUUUGAAAUCUUAUCAGGAAGAUGUCUAUCGUGGUAUAACACCAAACACACAUGCACUUGAUUUUAAUCCAGAACCACCAGUCUUUGCUUGUCGAUUUUGUACUACAGAAGGUUAUGAGCAAAUAAUUGCUUUAGCAAAUGAAGAUGGUAAAAUUGCGCUUCAAAAUACAAGUAUUAAAAAAACAUCCAACCAACCAUUAGAAGGAACUCAGGCACACUGCAACGCAAUAUUUGAUGUUGCUUGGAUGCCUGGUGAAUUAAAAUUAGUUACAGCAUCUGGUGAUCACACUGCUAGAUUAUGGGAUGUAUCUGGUUCUGAAAUAAAACAAAUUGAUUAUUUUCAUGCUCAUACAAGAAGUAUUAAAACUGUUGUAUUUCGUUAUCAUGACAAAGCUGUGUUUGCAACUGGAGCUAGAGACGGUUCAAUUAUGGUAUGGGAUAUCAGAGCCAACCAUUACGAACAUCGUAAACCGGAUAAUUGUAUUUCAAAUGCACAUAAUGUUGGAACCAUAGGUAAUGUGCGACAACGUAGAGUACUUAGUCGUGCAUCCAGAGCACAAAGUAUUACUGGUUUGGCAUUUCAAGACGAUGUUACUUUAUUGUCGUGCGCAGCCGGCGAUGGUUUAAUAAAAGUGUGGGAUUUGCGUAAAAAUUAUACCGUAUACAAAAAGGAUCCUGUAGCUAAAUAUACUAUGAAUUAUACUGGACAUAGUACAAGAAAUGGAUUUUCAUCGUUAUUAAUAUGCCCAGCUGGAAUUACAUUAUAUGCAAGCUGUAUGGAUAAUAUUAUAUACGCAUAUAAUAUAUCAUCUUAUAAUCCUAUGCCCAUUGCAGAAUUUUAUGGGCAUCAAAAUUGUUCAUAUUAUGUUAAGACUUGUUUAAGUCCUGAUGGACUUUAUUUGGCUAGUGGUUCCAGUGAUGAACUGGCAUAUAUUUGGCGUACAAAUAUGCCAGGACCACCGAUAGUCCAACUUUCUGGACAUUCAGAAGAAGUUACUUGCAUCGCGUGGUGCAGUGUCGGCGAAACUAAAAUAGUAACGUGUUCUGAUGAUUCGUGCCAUAGAAUUUGGAGAGUUGGUCGCGAACAUAAAAUAGAGAAUGAGGAAGUUCAGAUACGUGGUCACGCAGAAGUUGUUGUUAACAAAAACCCUUUAGAAAAUUUGAAAUUAGAAACUACACCAACCGUUACACGACGUUGGGUCGUAUCUCAGGAACGUACUCCAGGAUCUGAUACUACACCGAAUGCUGCAUUAGAACAUGGCUCAUUGGAUGUUUAUAACCACUCUGAAGAUAAACAAAGUCAAUGUAAUUCUAGUAAUUCGGUGAAAAGAAGUUAUUGUCAUAUGAUGAUGGGAUCAUGGUCCGAUGGGAAAUUUAAAUCUAUUUUGUCACCUAUACAAGAAAAUCAUGAAUUUAUUGCGAAACGGGCUCAUUUAGAAAAUCGUGGCGCACGAAGAUUAUUUAGCCCAAGUAGUGAUAAUAAUUCAUUGUUGAAUAAAGGUUAUGAAUCAGAUGAACCAAGCAUAAGUUCAAGCAGUACAGAAAAUAAAAAUAGUGUGAUUCUCUUUUCUCCUACAUUAAACCUACCGAAUUUUGUAAUUGAUGGCACAGCUCCACAUCUACUUCAAUUAUCUCCGGAAAAAUACAAAGAAAAUGUUGAUUGGUUAACAAGAAUACGAAGAGAGAAGUAUGACCAAAAAGGAAGCAAAUCAGUCUCAGAAAAACUGUGUAGCCCUGUUUCGCAUGUAACGCCCGCUAGAAGAAAUAGUAGAUCACGAUCAACAGAACCACAGAAGGUAUCUAAAACUCCCAAAAGUUCAGCUCCCUCUUUAUUAGACUUUUUUAAAUUUACCGGAAAAGAUUGUGAAACAAGUGCGUGUUGUGAUGAUGUUAAUGUAAUGUCUUCUACAAAAUCUUGUAUUUAGUGAAGAAGAUUGCU